CAUCUGGUUUUCUCGCAAGUCAGAUUCUUUCGGCUUUGAUCUCUUCAGCUUCACUUUAGAAUAAAUUUGCUAAUUGACACCAACUUAUUCAUGGGCUAAUAGCAGGUUGUUGCUAUUAGCGGUGUGAGGGUGCAGGUACUGACGAUGAAUCCAGGACGUAAUUUCUCGCUCCGUGGAUGCUUCGGGCUCAGCAAAAGCAAUUGUCAACCUCUGAUUUACAAUGAGCAAGAUAUCCUUAACAGCCUUAGUGAUUGGAAUGCCAUUAGCAGCAUCGAGUGUGGUCCCUGGAGGUCGGUGACGUACCAAGUUCACCCGCAGGGCACAUCCAGGGCGGUGAUCGUGAAGAAGUUGGAGAACAAGACAGGAAGUGCAGUGGAUGCCAGUCUCGACGACCGCUGCCAGUUGGAGGUGAACUUGCUGGACAGCAUUUGCCAUGACAACAUCAUCAGUCUUGUAGCUUGCAUUGUCAAGGACAACUUCAUCGUGCUCGUCUACGACCACAAGGAGAACGGCAGCCUCAAUCAGUGGCUGCGCUACCCUGAGCUGACUGCAGACGGGGUGCUGGACUGGCCUACGAGGCAAGCCAUCGCCAUCGGCGUCGCCAGAGGGAUUUACUACCUACACCACGGACGCAACAACCCCAUUGUGCACUACAAUAUCAACUCUUCCAGCAUCUUGCUUGACACCGACCUCAAGCCAAAGAUCGCAGGUUUCGAUCUUGCACGGGUCAACCUUGCCAAACCUGACCAACCGAUCCCAAUCUGGGAGCUCACUGCUGGUAACAUGUUUGGGUAUACGGCUCCAAAAUAUACGACUGCGGUGACCUCCAAGGUUGACGUGUACAGCCUCGGUGUGGUGCUGCUGGAGCUUGUCACCGGGCAGGUUGGCAACAAAGCUGUUGCGGAUGGCCACUCGGCAACCUGGGCCGGUAAUCAUUGCAACCGUCUGAUGGAGAAUGCAGGAGAUUUCAGCCAUGUCAUCGACAUGGCCAUCUCAGCCCCAGAUCGAGCACGGUACUCCAAGGAGAUGGCGGCCACGUUCAGGCUGGGUGUGGCUUGCACUGACAAGGACCCGCGAGAGAGGCCACCCAUGCACGAGGUUCUAUCCUGCCUCCGAAACCGUGGUCAUUGAUUCGGUCUCGCCUGCUAUUUAAGAACUCCAAGACUAUUAUUGCCCGUGAUAAAGCUGUCAAAGCGGAUAACCGAAUAAAUUGGCUUGUAUAUUUCGAAUUUGUUCCGCCGUGGUUUCUAUGAUGUGUCAUCCUUGUUUCAGACAAAUUUUCCAAGAUCCAAGGAAGUUUUGGUUCCACACAUGUUUUUUCACUUUGGCUCCUAAUUGUUCUCCGGUUGUGCUCAUUUUUCGGCUCCUCGUUGUUAGUGGAUCGGCAAAGUGUGGAGGCUUUUCACAUAGUGCUUAUUUUUUGCUCGAAUCUUACUUCGUGACCUAGCGAUUGUUUGUACAGUCCAAUUAUUUGGGUAAAUGGUCUAAGUAAUUUGACUCUGUUAAAUAACAAAAAUCGAUUCAUGGGGCUCAAAUGCUAUUUAGUUGACUAAAUUUGGGCAUGGUACAUGGGUCAUAGUCAUGGAAUUCCCCAAAAUUUCUAUGAAACAUGUGUGAAACCAAAA